GCCACGGCGGCAGGUUGCAUCAGCCCUCGCCCACGUGCUUCGCCCGCCCUUCCGCCCACGGAGCCGGGCGCCGAUUGGGCCACGUUGGGGCAGGGGCCUCCGCCUCAGCCAAUGGGGGGCAGCCACAGAGCGUUCUGUCGGCGGAGCCCGGGCGCGGGGUCCCUAUAAAAGGUAGCCGAGGUGGGGGCGCGCGCCCCAAAGACGCAAACCGUUGUCGCGGCGGUUGUGGGCUGCUGCGAAAUCGUCUGCCUGGCAUCCGGGAGCGUCGCCGAGCCCACAGCGCCGCCAACAUGGAGCCGGAACCCGAGCCCGUCACGCUCCUGGUGAAGAGCCCCAACCAGCGCCAUCGCGACUUGGAGCUGAGCGGCGACCGCAGCUGGAGCGUGGGCCGCCUCAAGGCCCAUCUGAGCCGCGUCUACCCCGAGCGCCCGCGUCCAGAGGACCAGAGGUUAAUUUAUUCCGGGAAGCUGUUGUUGGAUCACCAGUGUCUCAGGGACUUGCUUCCCAAGCAGGAAAAACGACAUGUUUUGCAUCUGGUGUGCAGUGUGAAGAGUCCUUCAAAAAUACCAGAAGCUAGCACAAAGGUUGCUGAAUCCAGAGAACAGCCCGCCGGUCUUAAUCAGGGACCGUCUCCUGGGGAUUCCUCAAGUGAUGGUUUAAGGCAAAGGGAGGUUGUUCGGAACCCUUCUCCCUCUGGAUGGGAGAACAUCUCCAGGUCAGACGCUGCCCAGCUGGCAUUCCAAGGCCUGGGGCCUGGUUUCUCAGGCUACACAACGUACGGAUGGCUGCAGCUCUCCUGGUUCCAGCAGAUGUAUGCACGGCAGUACUACAUGCAGUAUUUAGCAGCCACUGCUGCGUCAGGGGCUUUCGUCCCCUCUCCAAGUGCACAAGAGAUACCUGUGGUCUCUGCACCCGCUCCAGCCCCUAUCCACAACCAGUUUCCAGCUGAAAACCAGCCAGCCAAUCAGAAUGCUGCUCCUCAAGUGGUGGUUAAUCCUGGGGCCAAUCAGAAUUUGCGGAUGAAUGCACAAGGUGGCCCUAUUGUGGAAGAAGAUGAUGAGAUAAAUCGAGAUUGGUUGGAUUGGACCUAUUCAGCAGCUACAUUUUCUGUUUUUCUCUGUAUCCUCUACUUCUACUCUUCCCUGAGCAGAUUCCUCAUGGUCAUGGGGGCCACCAUUGUUAUGUACCUGCAUCACGUUGGGUGGUUUCCGUUUCGACAGAGGCCAGUUCAGAACUUGCCCAACGACGGUCCUCCUCAGGAAGCUGUGAACCAGGACCCCAACAAUAACUUCCAGGAAGGCCCCGAUCCUGAAAUCGAAGACCCCAACCACCUGCCUCCAGACAGGGACGUACUGGAUGAAGAGCAGACCAGCCCCUCGUUCAUGAGCACGGCCUGGCUUGUCUUCAAGACGUUCUUUGCCUCCCUUCUUCCAGAAGGCCCCCCAGCCAUAGCAAACUGAUGGUGUUUGCUCUCUGGCUGCCAGAGGCUUUGACAGGCGUGGACUGGAUCAGUUGACUACAGCUCAAUUUCCUUACCUGGAUGUGGUAAUGGCACAGAAUUAGUUUAAAAAAAAAAAAAAAAAAAAGAUCAAAGAGGAUGAUCUGCUUUUGUGAUUGAGCAAAAGCAGGAGGACAUGAAGCCGUGAUACAGAUUGAUGAACAAAAAAUGCCUAGGGCUUUUCAUGUCUUUAUUGUGAAGAGCUUUAAUAUCUAUCUGUUGUAGUUUAAUAGACAUAAGUAGAAAGCAUUAGUGUCACCUGUUCAUGCCUGAGGAACCUUUCCAGAUGUGUGUGUCUGCAUGUGUGUUUGUACAUAGAUGACAUAGAGGCAGAAAUGGUUCUGCUGGUACGAUUUGAUUCCUGUUGGAAUGUUUAAAUUACACUAAGUGUACUACUUUAUAUAAUCAAUGAAUUGCUAGACGUGUUUUAGCAGGACUUUUCUAGGAAAGACUUAUGUAUAAUUGCUUUUUAAAAUGCAGUGCUUGACUUUAAACCAAGGGGAGCUGUGCAGAGGUGGAAACCUUUGCUGGGUUUUCUGUUCAAUAAAGUUUUACUAUGAAUGACCCUGGCAGAGACUCCUGUCGUCUCAGCAGUUUGCUCUGUGUCCAUUGUCACUGGAUGAUCAACAGUUGAGUUGCUGACUUUUGAGUAAACUGGAUAUUUUGCUUCUUAUAUAAAAGGACUGUUUGUACUGAUGAAGAAGGUAAGGCCACAAAAGUUUAAAGUGACUAAGAUAAUACUUGUGUUUGCCCCCUAUUUCCUGAUUUAAACACUGCUGGCUUAUGUAGUGACCCAUUAGAGUUAAAUCAGGGGCAUUAAGUACCUUUGACCUGCUCAAAUGUCAUGCUUUUGUAAGCUGAGCUUACUUUUGGACUUUAAUCCUUCCUUGAAGUAUUAUUUUUGAGGCUAAUCCUAAAAGCAAAGUUCUGUUAUGUGUAUUUUCAUGUGAAUGGUGUCAUAGGUAGGCCGCUGAAGGCCUGGGAACAUAGUUUUCGGCCAAGUAAAUCAGCUUCUUGUGUCAUGGUCGUGAUCAUUUAAAUGAAAUGUGACUGGAAACAUCAUUGACAUCAAAUAAAAAUUCCCUAAACACUUCAUACCCAGAUGCUGGGUAAAUACAAAGCUGUUUUAUGUA